AUGCGACUUCUCGGAACUCUCGCAGCCGUUCCCUGUGUCUUCUCGGUCUACGUCGCUGGGGAACAUGGGUAUCUCUGCUCGGAUGCUGAAGGAACUACAAACACAACCUAUGAUCAAGCUCUCGUGGAGAAAAGUGUGACGGAUGCAUGUCUCCCAGACAGCGAGCUGUCCGCGGCCGAACUCGCGGCAAAUGUCGAGGCGAAGAAGUAUCCUCAGGUCUGGGUUAACUCGGAAGAUUAUGGCUUCAACGACACCGUUUUACUCUGGAAAUACCAAGGAAACAGCUCUGAGUCUCUAGAAGAGGUUGACGUCCUUGUUUUUACCAAUAAAUCCUGUGACAUUUUGGGAUUACUACAGACAUCCGAUGACCAUUAUACGAUCUGUAAAGGUGCUAAUGAAAAAUAUGACAAGAAAACAAGCUCAGAGAUCUUGUCUAAAAAUCUUCGGCCGGAUAUCCCUAGCAAUGACCUCAAAAAUUCAUCCCCUUUAACAGGUGUUACUGAACCAUUUUUUAGCAGUAAUUCACCAGGACCGCAAAGGUCUAUGCCAGGCCCGCCUUCACGAGCUGAGUCAUUUCGUAACCCUUUAAGAUCGUCCAAGGGCGCUCCAUCACGACCCAGGGGCCCUCCUCCAAGUGGCAUGGCCCCUCCAAGACCCGGCGGCCCUCCUCCAAGUGGCAUGGCCCCUCCAAGACCCGGGGGCCCACCUCCAGGUGGCAUGGGCCCUCCAAGACCCGGCGGCCCUCCUCCAGGUGGCAUGGGACCUCCAAGACCUGGGGGUCCUCCAGGAUUUGGUGCCCCUCCUGGUCAGGACUUUCCCCCGGCCGCACCACCACGUCCGCUUUUGGAUGAGUUCAAUAGACCCCAUGAUAGAUCAUUUCUAGCUGAUGCGAUAGCUAUGCAUCCAUAUCCGGGUCCUACAGAUUAUAAUCCUGACAGUUACGACACAACCACCUACGACUCAGAAGAUGAAUAUUAUUAG